CAUGGCGGCGCCCAGGGACGAUUGGUCACGUGGGCCACGCGAAUCUGUCAUUGACUCCGCCGCAGAGCGCUCGAGACUCGGAAACUCUCCCGUAGAGCCCUUGACUUACUCAUUGACUCUCCCAUGGAGUCCUUGACCCCCUCAUCGAUUCUCCCGUAGAGUCUUUGACUCAUCGACUCUCCUACAGAGUCGUUGACUCACUCAUCGACUCUCCUAUAGAGUAAUUGACUCACUCAUCGACUCUCCCAUAGAGUCGUUGACUCACUCAUCGACUCUCCUACAGAGUCGUUGACUCACUCAUCGACUCUCCCAUAGAGUAAUUGACUCACUCAUCGACUCUCCUACAGAGUCCUCGACUCACUCAUCGACUCUCCCAUAGAGUCGUUGACUCACUCAUCGACUCUCCUACAGUCUUUGACUCACUCAUCGACUCUCCCAUAGAGUAAUUGACUCACUCAUCGACUCUCCUAUAGAGUCGUUUACUCACUCAUCGACUCUCCCAUAGAGUCGUUGACUCUCCCAUUGACACUCUCGUAGAGUUAAUGUCUCUUUCAUUAACCAAUUGACUCUCCCGGUUCCUCAAAUACUCCUCGACUCCACUAACAUCCCUGACUCUCCCAGUAAUUGAUUCAAGCUGCCAAAGACUCCCCGACUAUGUCGUUAUCUCCGGCACUCUCCCAGUGACCACGUGGCUCUUCUAGAGAUCAAAACAAUCUGUAACUCUUCCCAGACAAUUAUCGACUCUCCGCCACCCCCCUUAGCACCAUGCUGGGACUGACACUCAAGCAGGCGUCGACGGCGCUGCGCGAUGGAUCCCUGUCUCCCGUCGAGCUGUGCCGGCGCUGCCUGGCCUGGGCGGAUGAGACGCGGCGCCUCAAUGCCUACAUCAUUCUCGCGUCAGAGCGGGCGAUGAGCCAAGCGAUUGAAUCUGAGCGCCGACACCGCUUGGGGCAGCCUCUGGGCCCCUUGGACGGAAUUCCUUUCGCUGUCAAGGACAACUUUAGCACCAAGGGCAUCGAGACCACAUGUGCCUCCCGCAUGCUGCAGGGCUACGUGCCGCCCUUCAACGCCACGGUGGUGCAACGGCUACUGGACCAGGGCGCGGUGCUGCUUGGCAAGACCAACUUGGAUGAGUUCGGCAUGGGCUCGGGCAGCACGGACAGCGUGUUCGGGCCGGUGCGGAACCCCUGGGGCUACUCGCGCUCCUACCGCGUGCGGCACCAUCUUGGCGACAGCGGCCACGGCGAUGACGGGGAGUGGCUAAUCACGGGCGGGAGCUCUGGUGGGAGCGCCGCUGCUGUUGCGGCAGGAACGUGUUUCUUCGCACUGGGCUCGGACACGGGAGGCUCGACGCGGAACCCGGCGUCACGCUGCGGAGUGGUGGGCCUCAAGCCGACGUACGGCCUCGUGUCGCGCCACGGCCUCAUCCCCCUCGUCAACUCCAUGGACGUGCCGGGGGUCCUGGCCUCGAGCGCCGAUGACGCAGCCACCAUCCUGGGGGUGCUGGCUGGCGUGGACCCCCUGGACUCGACGACGGCGAGGGAAGCGUUCCGUCCGUUCUCCCUGCCGCGCGAGAGCCGCGUCAGCGGCCUACACGUGGGCAUCCCCGAGGAGUACCACGCUCCCGGUCUCUCUGCGGACGUGCUGGCCGCGUGGAGCCGGGCGGCGGAGCUCCUGGAGGCGGGCGGAGCGCGCGUGGAGCGCGUGUCCCUCCCGCACACGCAGCAUUCCAUCGUGUGCUACCACGUGCUGUGCACCGCCGAGGUGGCCUCCAACAUGGCGCGCUUCGACGGCCUGCAGUACGGCCUCAGGAGCGCGGUGGAAGAAUCCACGGAGGCGAUGUACGCGGCCACGCGUCACGAGGGCUUCAACGACGUAGUACGGGGCCGAAUCCUCGCCGGGAACUACUUUCUGCUGAAGCAGAACUACGAGCGCUACUUCGUGAAGGCCCAGCGCGUGCGCCGCCUCAUCGCCGGCGACUUCGAGGCGGCGUUUGCCAGCGGCGUGCGCGUGCUGCUGACGCCCACCACGCUGAGCGACGCCCCCACGCACCGCGACUUCUGCAGCGAGGACAACCGCACGCGCAGCGCGCAGGAGGACGUGUUCACGCAGCCCGUCAACAUGGCCGGCCUCCCGGCGGUGAGCGUCCCUGUGGCCCUGUCUACGCGGGGUCUCCCCCUCAGCCUGCAGCUCAUCGGCCCGGCCUUCUCCGAGCGGGACCUGCUGAGCGUGGCCAAGUGGCUGGAGGAGGCCUCCAACUUCCCGAGUAUCGACCUCCCCGAGUCGUUCUCGACGCCGGGGGUCACAACGGACGCUCGAGGGAUUAAAUCGACGUAACUUUGAGUUGGGCGGGCGGGCAAAUAAGCGGGCAAAUAAGUGGGUG